AUGCGCCCGUUUCUCGCCGCUUCAGUCUUGUUUGGGCAGCUGCUCUCGACCCUGCCUUUCGCUACCGCUAUCACAGUCAACGCCAAUGACGCCAAUUCGUUGAAAUCAGCUGCAUCCACUGCUGCCGCCAGUGCCGUUAACUACUACAACAAUCGUGAAAGCAAGCUCAUUCCCGGAAAGUUCGACGGUACCUGGUGGGAAGGCGGUGCAUUCUUCACCUUUCUCAUCAACUACUGGCACUGGACUGGUGACGAUCAGUAUAACGACUUGGUCACAGAAGGUCUGUCCUGGCAAGGAGGAGAACAGAAUGACUUCUUUCCAUCGAAUUACAGUAGUUAUUUGGGUAACGACGAUCAAGAAUUUUGGGCUCUGGCGGCCCUGACCGCGAUCGAACAGAAAUUUCCUGAUAAUCCUGGACACGCCUCGUGGUUAGAAUUGGCGCAGGGUGCUUUUAACGACUUUGUAGCUCGCUGGGAAGUGGAUAAAUCAUCUUGUGGUGGUGGAUUGCGCUGGCAGCUAUAUCCCACCUUGGCCGGCUACGAUAGCAAAAACGCCAUCUCGAACGGUGCAUUUUUCCAAAUCGCCGCACGUUUGGCUCGGUACACCAAUAAUGAUACAUACGCCACUUGGGCAGAGACCGUGUGGGAUUGGAGCAGUACUGUACCUCUUUUCGAUAACUCCACCUGGAAGAUUUACGAUAUGACCCGUAUCUCCCAAAAUUGCAAAGACCAGGACAUCAUGCAAUGGUCUUAUAAUUACGGUUCUUAUGUGACCGGCGCCGCUUACAUGUACAACUAUACAAACGGUGACACGAAAUGGAAAGAUGGCGUUGACGGUCUUCUAAACACAACCUGGAACGAAUUCUUUCCAUCAGAGUACGGCGGCAAUAUCCUAUCUGAAGCGGCCUGCGAUCCUAUUUUGACUUGCAACCGUGAUCAAGUUUGUUUCAAGGGUCUCAUGGCCAACUGGCUGUCAACUAUCGCACUCAUUGUGCCAUAUACAUAUUCAACCAUCCUCCCUAAGCUUCAAGGCUCUGCUGUCGGUGCAGGCAAGCAAUGCAGUGGACCUGACUCGGCUUGUGGGAUGCAAUGGUUCAACGCGACAUACGACGGCACCAGCGCAAUCGAGCAGGAAAUGUCUGCUAUGAGUAUAUUCGCCAAUACUCUAGUUGCAUUCUCUACAUCCAGCUCUACAAGCAGCAGUUCUUCGUCGUAUUCGGCUCCAGACACUCCCGCCCCAGUCACUGCCAAUUCUGGUGGUAACAGUACCAGCAAUCCCACUGGUGGCCAGAGUAACACAGGAUACCAGCCACCAAAACAAAUGAACAUCACUGGUGGUGACCGCGCCGGUGCGGCUAUUUUGACCUUGGUGUUUGCAAGUGCAUGGAUCGGUAUGAUGGUCUGGCUUGUCCUUGGCGGAGCCAACUAG